CUCAAGACUUCCAUCAAAAUAUCAGUUUUGCGCCCUUCUAACGACAUCACCAACCUACCGCCAGUCCUCUCCUACCUACCUCCCUCUCUCGCCCAAUCGCCCAAGAAUGGAUUCCAAAAACCCACCAUCCUCGACGGGCGCCUCAAAACCAGACCUCACAAACUCGGGCUACGAUCCCAACGCAACCUGGUCCAACAUCUUCAACGCCUUCAUGGGGCGCAUGACACCCGCAGGCCAAGACGAAUUCCGCGAAGCAACCUACAUAAAAAACAGCGCGGCAGACCAGAAAAACUGCGAGGACUGGCGAGACUGGUGUUUCUCCUACUCGCCAACCGUAAUCUUCCUACGGAAAGAGAUCAACGCGCUGAACGGGGAUAUGAAUGCCUCGAAUGUGAUAUGUAGAAGAUGUCCUGCACGACGAGAUGAGAAUGGGAGGCUGCACCAGCAGGGAGGGGGUUUCAAUGCCGAGGCUGGGAUCCUGAUAUGUUCCAAUCAGAUGAGGGAUAGGAAACAUCUGGAGGAUACGCUGGCGCAUGAAUUGGUGCAUGCGUGGGAUCAGUUGAGGUGGAAGGUUGAUUGGGAUGAUUUGAGGCAUGCGGCGUGUUCGGAAGUAGGUUUUCUGCUGCGCCAAUUGUUGAAUAUGGUGCUGACUGGAGAUAGAUUCGUGCUUCAAGUUUAAGCGGGGAGUGUAGGUUUACGAGGGAGUUCUUUACAAGGGGGCAGAGGACGAUAACACAACAACACCAAGCCUGCGUACGGCGAAGAGCUGUAGCUUCCGUGAUGGCACGACCGAAUUGCAAAGACGAUGUGCAAGCAGUGAAAGUUGUGAACGAAGUUUGGGAUUCUUGCUUCGCUGAUACGAGGCCCUUUGAUGAUAUUUACAGAUGAAGUAUUGAGACAGGUGUACCAACAUGUAGAAGACAGUGUACAUUAUAAUUUUUGUACUGGCUUGGUAUAGGCCGCGAAGAUCCCCUUCUCCAAGAAUUGCUCUCUAUGCUCCUUAAUUAAAACUUGAUACCCCCCUCCAAAAAAGAACGCCAACGCCAAUGCUAAUG